UGCGUCCUGCAGGGGUCACUGUUGGCCUGUGAGUUCCUGCUGCAGAACGGCGCAAACAUCAACUACCGAGACCUGAGAGGACGGGGAGCGCUACACGCUGCUGCCACCGCUGGACACACGGGGCAGGUGUGUCUGCUGUUGAAGAGAGGAGCCAAUCAGUACGCGGUGGACGAGAGAGGACAGGACCCGUUGGCCAUCGCCGUGGAGACGGCCCACGCUGACAUUGUCACGCUGCUGCGGAUGGCCAGGAUGAAUGAAGAGAUGAGAGACUCAGACGGAGUCUUUGGAUCUGCUGGGGACGACCAGACGUUUCAGGACAUCUUCCGAGACUUCAGCGACAUGGCCUCUCACGACCCGGAGAAACUCAGCCGGCGGCGGUUCAGCAGGGGAGGAGGGGAGGACGAGCGGGACGAAGAGGACCUCAGACUUCAUUUCAACAUUUAGAAAAGUUUACAGAUUUCUACACCUAGAAAAUAUAACGAUAUAAUCUCUUAUAUUCUAACGACGACUUCACGUAAUUUACUUCAUGUUCAGUUACUAAGUGUUAGCAGUGGUGGGGGGGGGGCAGCUCUGACUGCAGCUGACGAUUCAUUUCAUCAUCAAUUCAUCUGACAAAGGAUUUUUCACAGUUUAGUUUCAAAGAGUUUUGUCCGACAGUGAAUAUUCACAUCUGAGAAAAUCAUUUACUUUGUUUUUUAAAUGUUUUUGUCAUUUU